AUGGCUGGCGAGUCAAGUGGCAGCCCGGCAUCCACACCCAAACGUUACGCCCUUAGCAGCUCAGUCGCAUCCACCCUCCGCGGCGACGAAAAGGACGCUCACAAGCUCUUCUGCAGGCGCUGUCUUACCAAUUUACAAAUCCAGUCCACCCUGCUCUCACAGCACGACCCCACCACAGAAGGCCAAGCCGGGGCAGAGGAGCAGCUACGCGCAAGUUUGGACGCCCGCUACCCGAUCCUGUGCGCCGAAUGUCGGCCCGCGGUUGAGGCGAGGCUGAAGGCCAAGAAUGAGGAUGCGAGGAGAGAAAUUUGGAGAGACAUCAUGGAUGAGGCAAAGGGAAGAAGAUCGCGCCCGGCCAUGAGUGCGGCUAUGGGAAGGGGAAGGUCAAGGCGGCACCGGCAGGGCUAUGAUGCGACUGCGGCAUUCGUCUCUCGAUGGCUCGUCGCUGCGGCUUGGUUGCACGUUCUUGCUGCAGGGCUUGUGGCAGGCUUUGUGCUUGCUAUCACUACAUCGCGCCGCCUCCCUCUGCCGCCGCCGCUUCACCUCCUGACGGCCUCCAUUGCCUCGCACCUCGCCUUCACCCACAUCGUCCUCCAGCCUCGAAUCGAUUUCGCUCGACAACAAGCAGAAGAGCGCGACCCGAUUCUCGAUGCUGGCGUGGGCUCUGAAGAGGAGGAGAUGAUCAAGUCGAGCAUCGCAACAGCCCGCGCGCUGCGGUGUCUCGUCGCUCUAUCCUGGGUACAUCUCAUCGCAGCAGCUCUCGCGCAAGACGGCCUGCCCUAUGUCGUCAAGGAGGCCUCCAAUGCCCAUCUGCGAAGAAGCGGACGCGCAAUAUACGCUGUAAUGGCCUCAGCCCAGAUUGCAAUUCUCGCACGUCACCUCACCAAGCAGCAUCAAAGCGCGUCCACCGCACGCAACGUCAAACAGCUCGAUCAUCGUGCCCUUGCAACUUACUCUUUGUCGGCCGACGCAGGCGCAGACCCUUCAUCUUCCGCGACAUACGACUCCUUCCUCUCCUCCAUAUCAAAGGAGACGGACUCCCUCCUCGCCCCGCAACACGACGCGGCCGCUCCUUCUCCCCACUUUGGUUCAGCAACCUCGACGAGACCGCAGCGCGCUCCCCUAUCGUCAGCUGGUGUGGUCGGCGAAGAAGAGGAGGAGGAAGAAGAGGCGAUGGAUUGGCAGCCGAGCCCAGAUCGAGACGACAGCGAUGAGAGAGCAGGAGUGGCUGCGAGAAAUCGAGUCGCACCGAGCCUGGGUCCGCAACGCUUCUAUGCGCCUGAACAGCUGACUGGCCUCGAGGGGCUUUUGCAAGGCGGGCUGAGCCUUGAUAGCGACGGGAUCGGGACGGGGAGGAGAGGAAGUUCGACUUCAUUGAUAGGUCAAGGGGACGGCGCGAGGACGGUCAAGCUUGCAACAUUGCUCCACAUCGCUGUGGGAGCGGCCGCUGCUCUCCUUGUCGUUGCGGUGGGGAGGUGGAUCACUGCGUUGCAUUGGAGAUUCGACUGGAGAGGGGUGUAUGAGGCUUGGAUACCAGUGAGACAAUAA